CUAAAUUUUAGAAAUUGUAUAUGCUAUCAUUAAUUCUAUAUGGCACUUUUUAUUAGUGCGUAGAACCUUAACAUUGAAAAUUCGUAACGGUUUUUUUUUCGAAACAUCAAAUAUUCCAUUUAUCUUUGUUUCAAGUAUUGUGCGAUUAUAGAUUCAUUUUCUUUGUGAUGUACAAAAAUGUAAUUCGAUUGUUUUACAGUGAGUUUUGAUAAAAAUCUUAAGAUAGUUAAUCUAGAAAUAAUCAUGUCUACUAUUUCAUGUAACAAGUAUUACAUUAACUCUUCGGAAAUAUCUGACGAAUCUGAUGUAUUCUCAGGAUUAAGAAAAAAUUGGUGUUGUAUUUUAGAAGAGAUAAUAGAAUGCCCGAUUUGUAUGAAUAUUCCAUUAUCAAGCAUAUACCAAUGUACAAAAGGUCAUAGUAUUUGUGAUAUCUGCAGAAUGUUAGUAAUUAAUUGCCCAAUAUGCCAAGAAUGCUUUAUAGGAACUCGUAAUCGAUGUGUAGAAGAAAUUGUAAAAAAAUUGGAAGAUAUAAAAUCAUUAAUAUUGGAUCCUUCUAGUGACGUCGAAAAAUGUAGCAGAAUACAAAAAAAAUCUGAAGGAACGCAGACUGAAAAAAUUUCAAUGACAAAAAACUGCAUUGAACCAGUAUUUAAUGAUACACCGAAAUUAAAACAACAAAAAAGAUUACAAAGAAGAAAAACUCUAUGAAAGUUUUUAUCUUAAAACAAUAUAUUUUUGUACUUAAUCGUUAAAUAAGUAGUCAUUUCUAUCAAUAUUAAUAGUUAAAACACCAUUAAUGAAUAUUUUCAUAUAAAAAAAUAUAAAUUCAACUUAGCUAACACUAGUAUUUAUCACGAAUAAUCGUUUAUAAUCAGCUAAAACUUAUAUUUCAGUAAAAUUCAGUGU